ACCCUCAUUCUUUGACUAAAACUUUACUAUGGCUAAAGUGGAUCAACCUUUGUUUAUAUUACCAAAGAAGAGAAACGGGAAAAAGCAAAAUAAUGUUGUCAGCCAUGUCGACCAUAUCAUAUGCGUUCAAGGUGUAGAAGAACCCGACUUGCCGGCAAUAUACAAGAACCUUUCACCAGUUACGGAACAUGUUGUUAAUGGUACCAUACAUUCCACUAUGGAAGGUCUCAAGUCAAACAUGAAAAUAAACUUGCCAAUCAUCAGUGAUGUCAAUGAUGAAGAAACCAAUGACAUACAAGAUACAGAUUCCCAACAAAAGUUGAUAACUGGGCCGAGGAACAUCUACCAGCCCCUAUCUUCCAUACAUAAUAGUCGAGAAAUCAUGGACUUGUCACCUAUAUAUGAAAACUCAUCUGAAGGAUACUCCAGCCAUGGUGAUUUAAGGGAAUCCCAUGACAAUGACUUAAUGAAAAGUUGCAAAAUUUUUAACUCUGAUCUUAAUGACAGUUCUUCUGCUACACCAUGCAGCAUGACUCAAACUCAAUCGGAAAAUAGCUUUGAACUGGGAACCCUUACUGAUAGUCUUAAGAACAGCGCUAAGAGGAAAAAACGAGUCAACAUUGUACCAGAAAUUACGGAAACUGAAAACACUGACAAUGAAAUCACUGCUUUGAGAGUUGACUCAGAGGACUCAAAUUCAGCUGAUUACUCAUUAAAUGAUAAUUCGAAGGAAGGCUAUUUGACCAUGACUGGAACAAUCAAGAGAGGCAAAAAGAAAGGGCAGAAUGUAGAUGUUAAACUGAACAUAUCCAGAGAGGAACUUGAGAUUAUAGAGGCGGGCAUUGUAGCUGAAGAAUACAACAAGAUGGAUAUAUCAAAAUGCUCCAUGUAUAAUGGACCGCAUGUAUUUUUAUUCAGCCUGUUAUGCAUACCAUUUGUUACUUGUAUUUCAGCAAUUUACUCUUUCUAUAUAGGAACACUGGCUUGGUAUAACAUUUUUACUCAUGUAACUGAGGAGUUGAAUUGUAUAAAAAAGGUGUUCUUGGCACCAAUUGUGAUCUUGUCGUAUCCAUUUUUGAUAAUUAUAUUUACUGUUGGAUUGGGACUAUAUGCUGGCAUAGUCCAGUUGACAUUUAGCGGAGCAAAUUGGUGGAAAGAUGUAUGCGAUUUCGAGAAAGGUUUUUAUGGCUGGCUAUGCAAUGCCCUGGGUAUGUCUGAAUGUAGUCCAUAUGAAGUUGUUGUGCUAAUGGAUGUGAAACCAGCUUAAAUCAAACUGUACUGAUAAUUUUGUACUUACAACUGCUAUUUUUACUCAAUAAUUAGACUGAUGUAUUUCAUGCAUUUGGUAAGAUUGUAAUGAAAUGUAGCUAAUAUUUAUAAAACAAUUGUAGGGAAGAGCAACAAUGCUGUCGUUAGGUGAAUGUUCCAACUUCCAUUUCGUACUUAAGCAACAUUCCAAUAUGUGCUAGUCUAGUCAUUUUUCUAAAAUUAAAGUAAGGUCAUGAUUGUACCUCAUUAACAUUGAUGUCUGUAUGAAAUUGUAUAGUGAUUGAAUGACCGACCAAUGGACACUGGCCAACUCCAUUCCAUGCACUCAUGGGUGGCAUGGGCUCCGCCACAAACAUCCGGAAACAUGGGGCUCCAUGGUGACUAAAAUCCUCUCUGAGGAGACUCAGCUUUGCAUUGUUAAAGAUUGCUGGCACCUACUUCCACUGAAAAAUAUACUUAGCCAUCCAGAGGGGAAAUGUUGCUAGCUUCCGUGGUAUGAUGCCCCAUAGUGCAGAUUUAAAUAAAAUUUUCAAAAUUUAACAAGAAGUUCGAGUCAAAUAAGAUUUCUGUUUAUUUUAUACAUUCCACUUGAUGUUAAAUGGAAAUUAAUCCUAAGCAUAUUUACUUAUACUAUUUAUUAUUUUACUUAUUCAAUGCCAUAUAAAUUCUAAACUAUUGAUGUUUCAAAGUCACAAAUAAUAAGGGUUGUAACCUACUGAC